UUGAUCGCUUUAAAUGAAGUCCAUGGAAAUGUCAGCUGGCACUCCUAGCUGGCACAGCAGAACCACAGAGCUCGAGUAGGAGGGGAGCUCAGAUCAAAUGGCGGAGGCGGUGGCUGCGGCGACCGAAGAAGAAGAGGAGGUGGCCGGGCCGCGACUGCCGCAGCUGCUAGAGACCGGCCGCCGGCUCCUAAGUGAGGUCGAGGACACCAACGAGUCGACCAACUCCAGGUUCAUCCAAGAGAAGGUGAAGCAGGGCUUAGAGAGCCUGGACAAGGCAUCCCGCAUGAUGGCGCAGCUUGACCUGUUCAGCUCCAACGAAGACCUGGAGGAGAUCGCUUCCACCGAUCUCAAGUAUCUGUUGGUGCCAGCCCUCCAGGGAGCCCUCACCUUGAAGCAGGUCAACUUCAACCACCGGCUGGAACAAGUACAGGCCGCCCGAGCCCAUUUCGUGAACUUUUUAAAGCAAUGUCACAACUACCAAAUCGCCAAGUUUGAGCUUCCCCAAACCCAGGACAACACCCCUGGUAAAAAAUCGGUGGACGGGCCCUCGGGGAGCCAGCAAAGCCUUGUUGCCAUGGCAUCCCAUCGCCAAGCCAAAAUAGAAAGAUACAAACAGAAAAAGGAGCUGGAGAACAAAUUGGCAUCUUUGGAGUCUGCUGUGGAAAGUGGCCGAGCAGAGGAUGAACAAGUCCGAGAGUAUUACCUGCUUCACUUACAGAAGUGGGUCAACAUCAGUUUGGAAGAGAUUGAGAGCAUUGACCAAGAACUAGUGAUCCUGAAAGCCCGAGACCCAGGAAAGCAGGCAUCAACUUCUCGCAUGGUUCCACAGAACAGACCUCCAACCAAACCUUUUAUUCUCACCCGGGAUACUGCCCAGGCCAAGGUAUUUGGCUCUGGCUAUCCAAGCCUGGCAACCAUGACGGUGAAUGAAUGGUAUGAGCAACGCCAAAAAUGGGACACACUCAAGAACACAACAGUGAACGCCAAUCAAGAGACAGAACAAGAUGAAGAUCAGGAAACAAAAUCAGAAGAGGACGAUGAAGACGCACUACACAAAAAACGUAAUUGGGACGACUGGAAGGACACGCAUCCACGGGGUUAUGGCAACCGUCAGAACAUGGGUUAAUCUCAACCGGAAGUAAUAGGACCAGAGAGGCUCGACUUUUCAUCUGCAGGUUCCCACUCCCCUGCCCUCCUCCCUCUCCUGUGUACAAUAACAUCAGAGACAGUUCAUCUUGCUGUGCAUUUAAUAAAGUGUCAAAAGACCAAGUGUGCACUUGUAGCCUAGCUGAUGAGCUGACAGAGCUAUUGCAGGCAUCACUCUUAAGCAGAGAUUCCCAGUUUCCCAGACAUUCCCAAGUAAGUGGACAGGAAAAGGCAAUGAGAAAUGGCUCUGUAUCAUUGAUGCUUGAUUGAUUGUCUUUUUUAAAAUUGUCCCAUAUGUUACUUAAGCUUCCAUUGGAACUCAAGCCCUUUUCUAGGCUGGGUUGUAGAAAAGCCACUUGUCCCUGGAAGAUCUGAGGAAUUGGCUCAGUGAAUUCCCUAGACUCGGAGCCACGGAUGCUUUCCUUCAGCCCUGGGUGACAACCCCCUUUUGCCCUCCAAGUACUUCGGGCACCAUGAUAUUUACAAGAGGACAGAAACGAGCCAAGAUUUUCCCUGCCUCAUGGCAUCGUUUUCAGGAAUCAGCAACAGGGUCAUAAGUGAACUCUGGUGGACACCCAAGGCCAGCUGUCCCAGCCCGUUCGAAAACAAUAGAACGGGCACUACUUGAAGCAGUUUUCAAAUAACAACCGUGCCUUCGGGGUCUCACCAGCACUUGCUUUGGUCCCACAUGGAGGCUAUGACAGGGACACAAGAUCCUGGGACUCCUUCUGGUGCCUCUUGCUGCCCACCUCUUUCCUUCACCUUAAGUCCAUUGAGGUCAAAAAUUCUUCCCUUGUAGCUACAAGAAGCGGUAAGGGCUUCAUUUGCUAAUUCAUAGCUGACCUUGCAGAGAUUGUCUUCUUGGAAGCCACAGGCUUACAGUUUUGCAGAAGCAUUGGCCGUGUCUUGUAGAGGGGGAGGCUGGCUCAGGCCCUCGUCUCUGGUGUUUUAAUUGCUUACAGUGCACAGCACUUGGACUCCUCCAGGAUCUGUCUUCUCAUCAGUGUGGCCGUUCCUUCCAAUGUGUCUUCCCUAAGAUCAUCACAGGGGAGUCCAUACUGUAGUUAAAGGUUCUUCCUUGGGUUCUUUGACCAUCAAGAGGAUACCGUUGAAGCUGCCUGCUACUUGUCUCUUGCUCUCAGUAUGUGACAGACCUCUGUUUUGGAAUCAUACCUUUCUUGAUGAUGCCCUGCUCUGGAAAUCCUUGCUCAGAAUGUGUCGGACCCUGCUCAGGCUCACCAGAAGCCUCUCUGUUGUCCCCUGGAUGAUCCUUGAUGUGGCUUCUGUGGAGAUUAUCAUGUUCUACUUCCCAGCAGCACAUCCCCAAGAGGAACGUUGGGAUUAAAUAGGUAGGGCUGACUUUGAUUCAAGGAGAAGCUUGGGCUCAUUCGAAGAACUUUACAGUUGCACAAAAGCAGUUCAGCUUGUUCUCUUCCUCCUAUUCAAUUCUGGGCCUAAUUUGUCUUCCAUUUGCAAAGUCCAUCCCAGAUAUCUGCUGAUGGACGAGUUCUCUAUGCUGUCCAUUAGGUUACAUCUCAUCUUCUGGACAAUAAAUAAGCAGUCUUCAUCCAUUUGGUGUUUUCUUGUAUGGAGUGUUAGGCCUAACUCUUUUAAGGAAUUUAUGGAUCUCUUUUAGGAGGCUCUACUUUGCAGUGUUCUGAGUCUCGAAGCAACCAACACCCUGUCAUCCAUGAAGUAGAAGCAUGUAGAGGACAUCACCAUCUCCAGAAAACCCCUCUGCCAUCUGGACCCUGCAUCAGAUCUUCCCCAGGACGGAAGCAGAUAGAUUUGGCGAGCACCCAUAUCCCAGUCUGUGCCUCGCUUGGCAGAUUCCUAAGUAGUGCAUCUUGGAACAAGGUUCUCUUUUACUCUUGAUCUAUGCAGAGGAGCCAAGGUGGAGGAGAGUUUCUGAGGUGGUGUUUGGUUCUACCAAAUCAAAUGCUUGUUUUAUUUGACUAACAGCACAGUGGAAUCUCCUACUUUCUGUCAGUUGUGUGAUUGUGACGAUAACUCUGUGGAAUUUCAAUUGUGAAAGCCUGCUUGCUGAUUUCUAAUAACUUUAUUAAGUAUGCACUCUAUGUUGUGUAGAUUAUUCUUGGACAAUUUUAUAUAGGCGGGGAAAGUAGUUAUAGAUCCUCUCUGGGUCCCCUUGUGCUUAAUUUCUUGCUCCUCUUUUUUAGUAAUAAAGUCCGAGAUGCUUUUCCAUAUGUUAGCCAUCUUCCCUUUCAGAUACCUUGAGAAUCGAUCUCUCAGUGCACUCCAAAUGAUGUUGCCGCCUACUGAUUUCCUCAUUUUCGUUUUCUUCGAUUGCCAUUUCCACUUCCUCAUGUGCUCUUAAAGUCCACAUAGGAUAGCUAUGCUACCUUGAUGGGGAAAAAGGUUAUUAAUCAAGAUUCUUGCAGAUAUUUUCCAUCUUUGAUCUCUCUAUCCUCCUUCCAAUUUCAUCUUCAGUGCCCUGAGGAUGGAUGCCUAUUAGUUGGGUCUCUCCCCAACAUUUCUUCAACCUUCCACUGCUUCCCAGUUUUAUGAGAUAAAUGCUGCCACAACGUCCCACCACCUGCUUCCAUAAGAUUUUUACAAACUUGUUUAUAGUCUAAAUGGGUAGUGUUCUCGUCUGCCAUAUUCCUCCACUCAGCAAAUAGAUCAAGUGUUUGUUGACUAAGGCAGUUUUCGGGUUCUGUGAGACUCGUGAUUAUGGCAAUUGAUUUGCAUUGGUUAAAACUGUAUGAAAUUGUUAUAAUAAUUGUCAAUGUCCUGUGCUCCAUUUAUUUCUCAUUUUUUAGAGUCAACUUGUUUAAAUUUGAUUGCAGUUGUUUUAAUUGCAUGCUCUGUCUUUUCCUCCUUUUGAUUCUACUGGUUUUGUAGUAAUUUUAACUUUUGCUCUAACAAGUUGAUGGUCUUGACUGUAUAAAGACAGCUGAUUCAGGAAUGACUCUUGCAUCAAUAAUGAGUCAUUGCCUAUCUGUUAAACUAGUAAUUAAAUGUUGUAUUACAUUGUUUGGUGCUUGACGUGUUCAGCAUAUUAUAAUUCUAGAAGGGACAGUUGGUAAUGAACUAUACUUGGUGAUGGUAAACAGUGAAAUCAUGAAAAGAAAAACCAAAAAUGGUCUCAUUCCUACAUAGGGCCUAGUUCAGGCCAAACCUAUGCUGUUAUUAAACUUCUGGCGGGAGGCGGGAGGACCAUGGUUUAGUAAUUGAUAGCAUGUGUAUGUGUUUGUUGGAAGAAGGGAUUUAUAACAAAAUCCAGGACUUUUGAAAUGUCUGGGUCCAGCUCUUGGGCUGUAUUGAACUGAAUGUAUUGCUAAAAAUCUGUGUAGGAAAUAAACACUCUCCUAAGCAGUUUUGGUUCA